ACUUUGGACCGAACGCUUUAGAUUUAGGCCCAUACACUCUUUCGCUCGAUCACGCUGUCUUGAGUGGAGACAGUUCAUUUGUUUGUAAUCUCUCUCUCUCUCAAUUAGCGAUCUGGAAUUGUAACUCUGACUCAACCAGUUCUGCAACAACAACAAUUCGAAUGAGCGAAAACCCUAAAAAAUAAAACAGAAUGCGAAAUUAGAAAUUGGUAAAGGUGAUUGGUUACAACAAUGGCGAAACAUUCAGUAGUAAUGGCGAAGAAAAAAUGGCCAUUAAUGUUACUCGCUUUCUUAUCCAUCUCAACAGUUAUGGUUCUCUUCCUGAGACCUAACAAUUCAUGCAACAAUAUUAAGAGCUUUGAACAACAACAACAACAAGAUCAGAUUCUCGCUUCCUCUACCUCCUCCGUCAACCCCUUAGAUUUCAUGAAGUCUAAGUUAGUUCUUAUGGUUUCCCACGAGCUUUCUCUUUCUGGUGGACCUUUACUUUUGAUGGAAUUGGCGUUUCUGUUAAGAGCCGUUGGUUCUGAUGUUGUUUGGGUUACUAAUCAGUAUCCUGCUGAACAUGAUCAGGUUAUUUAUAGUUUGGAAAGUAAAAUGUUGGAUAGAGGAGUUCAGGUCCUGCCUGCAAGAGGUGAAAAGGCUGUAGAUACAGCUCUUAAAGCUGAUCUAGUCAUUCUAAAUACUGCGGUAGCCGGAAAGUGGCUGGAUGCCGUCUUGAAGGAAAAAGUUAACCUCGUUCUUCCUAAGGUUUUAUGGUGGAUUCAUGAAAUGAGAGGGCAUUAUUUCAAAGUGGAAUAUGUUAAGCACCUCCCUUUUGUUGCAGGUGCCAUGAUUGAUUCACAUACAACUGCACAGUACUGGAAGAAUAGGACUAGAGAGCGUUUAGGAAUUAAAAUGCCUGAAACUUAUGUUGUACAUCUUGGAAAUAGCAAGGAGCUUAUGGAUGUUGCCGAAGAUAGUGUAGCAAAGAGGGUUCUUCGUGAGCAUGUUCGGGAAUCUCUUGGAGUAAGAAAUGAUGAUCUACUUUUUGCCAUCAUAAAUAGUGUUUCACGUGGUAAAGGGCAAGAUCUAUUUCUUCAUGCCUUUCAUGAAAGUUUGCAGCUCAUUCAGGAGAAGAAACUCAAGUUGCCAUCUUUGCAUGCUAUAGUUGUAGGAAGUGAUAUGAAUGCUCAGACAAAGUUUGAAAUGGAACUGCGCAAAUUUGUAAUAGAGAAAAAAAUUCAGGACCGCGUUCACUUUGUUAACAAAACCCUGGCAGUGGCUCCUUACCUGGCUUCUAUUGAUGUUCUUGUUCAGAAUUCUCAGGCACGGGGAGAGUGUUUUGGAAGGAUAACCAUAGAAGCAAUGGCAUUUCGCCUGCCUGUACUGGGCACUGCAGCUGGAGGCACUGUGGAGAUCGUGGAGAAUGGGACAACUGGUUUACUGCAUCCUGUUGGCAAGGUAGGCGUAACACCUCUUGCGCGUAACAUUGUGACACUGGCAACUCAUGUUGAGAAGAGGCUAACUAUGGGAAAGAAAGGUUCUGAGAGAGUGAAAGAUAGGUUUCUCGAGCACCAUAUGUCCGAAAGAAUUGCAUUGGUUCUCAAGGAUGUUUUACGGAAGGCAAGUCACAAUUAAAUUAACCAGCUUAGGUGUAUCCUGUUAAAUUGUAAAUUGAUUUCAAAAAGGGAGAAUGGUUCAGUGAGAAA